CGGGUGCGGGCGCGGCGGGGGCUGCGGCUUCAGAAUCUGACCAGAUGAAUUUCUACGGAGCCCAUGGAGGGCUUCCAGCUCUCACCUUCUUCUUCUGAAGAUUCACACCUCAUCCCUUUGAGCACCAGCUUCUAAUUUUGCCCUGGGACUGACCCAGCUCAGCAGCACGCUGAGACCUGGACCUGGGGACGCCCGCAUUCAUUCAUUCUGAAGUUCCAAGGCCUCUUGAAGGAUCAGGGAGGACAGGACAUAUGUGUGUGGGAGGGUGGAUGCGGGUCUCUUUACUCACUUAGAGUCCCAGCCCCAGCCUCACCCCCUCUGGGGACAUUUUCCAGGGUGUGUCUGGCAGCUACUCCAGAAAACAUGGCCAAGUUUGCCCUGAAUCAGAACCUGCCUGACCUGGGUGGCCCUCGCCUGUGCCCCAGCACCACCGCGGGCACCCGCAGCCCGAGCUCGCCCUACUCAGUGGAGACGCCCUAUGGCUUCCAUCUGGAUUUGGACUUCCUCAAGUACGUGGAGGAGCUGGAGCGCGGCCCCGCCACCCGCCGCGCUCCUGGCCCCCCGCCUGCGCGCCGCCCCCGUGCACCCCGGGGGGGCCUCGCAGGCGCCCGUAGCCCAGGCGCCUGGACCUCCAGCGAAUCUCUGGCCAGUGACGAUGGGGGAGCAUCGGGAGCACUCUCCCCCGGCGCGCCCUCGGGACUCCUGCUGCCGCCGCUGUCGCCGCGAGUGCCCGUGCGUAACCCGCGCGUCGAGCACACGCUCCUGGAAACUAGCCGACGGCUGGAGCUGGCGCAGGCGCAGGAGCGCGCGCCCAGCCCCGCCCGCGCUGUUCCGCGCAGUCCGCGAGGAUCUGGCCGCAGCAGCCCCGCCCCCAGCCCCGCCUCCAACCCCGCCCCCGCUUCUCCCGGUCCCGCGCAAUUGCAGCUGGUGCGCGAGCAGAUGGCCGGGGCUCUGCGGCGCCUGCGCGAGCUGGAGGAACAGGCGCGCGCGCUGCCCGGGCUGCAGGAGCAGGUGCGCGUGCUGCGUGCGGAGAAGGCUCGGCUGCUGGCAGGACGCGGGCAGCCGGAGCCCGACGGGGAGGCCGAGGCGCGCCCGGACAAGCUAGCUCAGCUGCGCCGGCUCACCGAGCGCCUCGCCACCUCCGAGCGUGGCGUUCGCUCCAGGGCCAGUCCCUGGGCCGAUGGCCCCGACGGGCCGGCUUCUAGGGGCAGUGAGGGCGCGCUCGAGGUCCCCGACGCAGACGGGGCGCUGCAGACGCGGGAGGCUGGCGUACAGGCGGUGCUGGAGACCCAAGACACCACGGCCCAGGCAGUGCCGGAGACCCGGGAGGCCAGCGUGGAAGCGGCCCCUGAGACCCUCGAGUCGGACGCGUGGGUGACCGAGGCGCUGCUGGGGAUGCCCGAGGCCGCCGAGCGCGAGCUGGAGCUGCUCCGCGCCAGCCUGGAGCACCAGCGCGGGGUGAGUGAGCUCCUGCGCUGCCGGCUGCGAGAGCUGGAGGAGGCCCGCGAGGCUGCCGAAGAGGAGGCAGCGGCAGCUGCGGCGGCUCAGCCCCAGCCGCGCGAGGCUGCUACCCAGACCCUGUGGGCUUGUGCCGCGAAGGCCACACAGACCGAGACCCCCGCCGAGGGCCCUGGCCUGAGCCAGGAGAACCCGACGGGACCCAUGGAUGCGGACAGAGCCAUGGCCCCUGCGGGCAUCCUCAAAUCCAUCAUGAAGAGGAGGGAUGGUACACCUGGUGCCCAGCCCAGCCCCGGACCCAAGAGCCUGCAGUUUGUUGGGGUCCUCAACGGAGAGUACGAGAGCUCAUCCAGCGAGGACGACAGCGACAGUGACAGCGACAGCGAGGACGGUGCUGCCGAGCCUCCAAGGAGCAGCUCCUCCGGGGAGGACAGCGGCAGGGAUGUUGGGGACGACAGUGGCAGGGAUGCCCUGGACCCGGACCCGGAGCCCGAGCCCGAGCCCGAGCUGGAGGCAGAACCUCAGCCUGGUGCGCAGGGGAGGUGCGAGCUAAGCCCGCGUUUGAGGGAGGCGUGCGCAGCGCUGCAGCGACAGCUGAGCCGGCCCCGCGGAAUCACCCGCGAUGGCGGCGCGGCGCGCCUAGUGGCCCAGGAGUGGUUUCGAGUGUCGAGUCAGCGGCGCUCUCAGGCGGAGCCCGUGGCGGGGGUCCUGGGCGCAGUGGCACGCCUGGGACCCGAGCUCCUGGCGCAUGUGGUGAACCUGGCCGACGGCAACGGGAACACAGCCCUGCACUACAGCGUGUCCCACGGGAACCUGGCCAUCUCGAGCUUGCUGCUGGAUACCGGGGUCUGCGAGGUUGACCGCCAGAAUCGGGCUGGCUACACAGCCCUCAUGCUGGCUGCACUCACUUCUGUGGGGCGGGAAGAGGACAUGGCUGUGGUUCAGAGACUCUUCCACAUGGGCAACGUUAAUGCCAAGGCCAGCCAGACAGGACAGACAGCCCUCAUGCUGGCCAUCAGCCAUGGCCACCAGGACAUGGUGGCGGCCCUGCUGGCAUGUGGGGCAGAUGUGAACGCCCAGGAUGCGGACGGGGCCACAGCACUGAUGUGUGCCAGCGAGUACGGGCGCCUGGACACUGUCCGGCUGCUGCUGGCCCAACCGGGCUGUGACCCGGCCCUCCUGGACAAUGAGGGCACCAGCGCCCUGGCCAUUGCCUUGGAGGCCGAGCAGGACGAGGUGGCUGCACUGCUGCAUGCACACCUGAGCUCGGGCCAGCCGCAGUCCCUGGCACCCCUUGAGUCCCCCUCGGCUGGGCCUGGUGAAGAACACAGCGACCAUGAAGAAGACCCCCAGACUCAGUGAGCAGCCUGGCACCCUGGACCUGGAUUGCAAAGAGAGUCUGUUUCUUCCUCCACCCCAGCCUCUGGGUCACAGCAAGGGCCAGGGUUUGCUAUCCAGAUGCUACCAAGGGCCAAGAGAAAGGCUCAGGUGACCCAGUGCUCAGGAGGGGCUCACUUUGGACCAGUGGGGUGAGGAAGGGGCUGGAAAGUGACAAGGUCCCUGAGUCCACCCACUUGCAGAAUAAAACAUUACUAACUCAA